AUGCCCUCACUAUUCACUUUACUUCUUAUUGGCUGCUGCUUUGCCUCCACACUAGCGGAAGUUACAUGUCCAGAUGGAUUCACUUUGAUCAAUGGCCGAAAAUGUGUACAAAUUUCAUAUGGGACGGGUCCGCAUGCUGAUAUUGCCAAAGAAUGUAAAUCUGUUGGAGCGCGUUUGGUGACGAUAAAAAACCAAGAAGACAAUGACGCUAUUUAUGAUUUUGCAAAAAAAUCAAGUUGCUAUAGUUACUGGAUUGGGGUUUCCUGUUUGUCAAUCAAUGGAAACACCACUUGCUACAAUGAUGACUACUCAGGACCAGUUACCUAUAAUAAUUGGGCACCAAGUCACCCAAGAAUCUCCACAGACAAGUAUAAGUUCAGUCUAUCUGUUUAUGCAGAGUCAAGUUGGAAUUUCGCCCUUCCCUGGAAGACUGUGGAUGGCUCUAGCAUUGCAUAUCAAGGGAUUUGUGAAGUUCCCACAACAUUUGCAGACCCAUCCUGUAAAUACAAUUACAAUGGCUACUGUUACAUUCCAUCACAUGAAAUUCCUGGAGUCACCACAAACAGCACAACCUACCCAAAAGCUCAGGCAAUCUGUAGAUCGCUCAAUGCUAAUAUAGUGUCAAUACAUUCGAAAUUGGAAAAUGACUACAUCAAAAGUAUCUACAAAGACAGUGGAGUUUAUCAGAUCACUCUCGGAGCUCAAGCGUUUCAACCACACGUUUUCAAUUGGGUUGAUGGUUCCAGCUUUGAUUUCAGCUACCGUAGUCCGUUUGACAAUUUCACGGGAAACUGUUUGCAGAUGGAUACUCUAGACGGAUUAUGGACAGAAGUCAAUUGCCAAGUAUUUAAUAAUUUCUUGUGUCAGAGGAAAAUCGGAGGUCGAUCGGAGAACUUGAGAAUUGUCCCAUCACACAUUGACCUUUCCGACUCAUCUGGCUGCGACAACACCAUUGUUUUGGCUCCUGGUACGGUCACAUCUUUCGGAUACGGUACCUCUCCUCUCCCAGUUGCUAAUUGUCUUUGGCGAGUGGCUGCUCUUGGCUCCGAUCAAGUUGCCAUAUACUUCACUGAAAUGGAGAUUGGAAAUUGGUUAUACGUUGAGACCCAGCCAGGAAAACCGGACAGGAAAUUUAAUGGGAGUAUGGACGAGGCGAGAUAUGUUGCACCAGGAAAUACAGCUAUGAUUGUGCACUAUUCUGAUAGGGAUACGAAUUUGAAAGGGUUCAAAGGAGUGGUUAUGGCGUAUUGA